GUCUUCUCGCUCGUAGAUACCUAUCCCAUAUAAAUUGCCUGGGGAGGUCUGCUUGCGUUAAGACCUGAGCCUGAUGAGGAUGACAGAGGAUAGGAGGUUGGGUUGGCGUGCAAAUUGGCCUCUCGCAGAGACGGACUCCUCGGCCGGAGCCGCAGAGGGGGGGGAAGUAGGGGGGUUGGUGCGCCACACUAUCGCAGCAGAGACUCCGUUCUCGAAGACUUUGUUCCAUGAUCUCGGGGGCUUGAUGAGUCCAAAUCUAACCCGAGUUGCAGUCCUCGGGAUCGGAAUUAGAAUUGUCUGAUGCCUGUGGGAGAGGAGCUACGGGACUGUGGGCUUCGCAGGGGGGUACAUUUCUUGGUCUUCGAGAUUCUUGAGGGCCUGUUUCGGAAGAAAAUUGGAAUUAGGAGGUUGACUGGAAAGCGAGGACUGUCGAACGUACCAGCGUUCAACGGUUCUUCGUCCAAAUCAACGGGAAAGCGUUCUUUAAUAAUUUGGCGUUUGAGACUGGUAUUUAUGUGUAUGUCAUCAAGGGAGUCAUCUCUGAGUCGGGGACGGUUCUGUCUUUGCAAUGCGGCGGCGCAGGAAGACUCGACUUGUGCUUCUGCACGACCUCCUUCUUCGACACUGGUUUUGACCUGCUUGGGACUGGUACACGCGUCUUCGUCUUCAGAGGAACGGGGGGGCGUUCGAGGAGAUUUUGCUGUCGAACUCGAAGCAUCUGACGCGUCAGAUUGUCCUACAUCAUUGGUAGUCCUACGGGGAAGGAAACUGUUGACAUUUAUCACCGUGGACACGACAGAGCGAAUGACAUACUUUGGAGGAGGCAUCAGUACCGCGUACACGUCCUCUAUCAAAGUGUCUGAGGCUCCCUUCAUCUUUGUCCUGUUGUCCGUUAGACAAGGUUAUGUGAAAGUAUGAAGAAGAAACACACGCCCAAUCCAGAUCUCCAAACUGCGCCUUAUUUACCCCAGCUCGCCACCUUGAUGCAAAUCAU